CUCUCUCUCUCUCUCUCUCUCUCUUAAAUACCGACGAGAAGGCGAAGAUCUCGAAUUUGAACGCCGAUAUAGUCACGCACGGAGCACUCGCGCGAGAAAUCGAUUCGUUCUUUGAGGGUGACCGACGGUGGGUUUCUUGUGGAAUCCGUGAAUUAGUACAAGGGAGAUCAUUAGCCAAUACGCCAAGGAGUGGUGAUCUCGUGAGGACAUUUGAUGAGGAGCGACUCUCGGAUAAUACUGAUGAAGAUCCAGAAAGCAUCAUCUUUCGAUAACAACUUAGAGGGUAUUCUAUCAGGGUGGCUUCACGAGGGAGCGACGCCUCGUAGCAUGUCGGCUAUUCGUAUCAACGUGGAAGAGGUUUCCAACGGCGGCCAGGGUAUCAUUAGAGACAUCGAGACGACGGCGGUAGCUGUCGCCAACCCGCUUUCCUGGCACAUCCCAAGGCCGUCCUUGGUCGGACGCAGCGAGAGGGACAGCGAAAAUGGAAGCUGGACUCAUCACUUGCAUCCGAACUCCCCCUCGAGAGGGUCGACGUCGUCUCAAGGAUCCACUGCCAGUACACACAGCGCCGCGUCGGGAACGUUGCUACUCACGGCCGCGAAUCUGGCGAACUUCGCCGCCAUACAUCCACCCACGGUAACGGCACAAAAGCAGAUGGACACUGCCUCGGUGGCCAGCAGCACCCACUUCACGGUCGUAAACGGUCUCGGCAGACCGACCACCGUCUACAGGAAGUCUUGGUGCGCGCGAAAUCAGCUCACCGUUCUCGUGUGCACUAUGAGUUUUCUGUUUAUGGUCGGUCUGCUCGCCGGGAUUCUUUACAUGGAAAUGAGGGCUCGCGACAAGUACAACUAGGCCGAGGGUGAGCGAGGGGAGGAAGAAACGGCAACGACACGUGACCGUGAAUGAUGAUCAUAGUGAAACGAGCAACGAGGGAAAUGACUACUUUAGAGAGAACGGGAAAGAUCAUCUCCAUGAAGACUAAAGAGAGAAAAGGAGAAAUGUACGAUCCAGUCACGAUAUUAAUUUGAUUUACUCAUAUUUAUACGUAUAUACAUCUGCGUUGUAAGCUAUUCAGGCCGUUCUCAGUUAGUAGAUGUUCCCAGCGACGGUUAGAGUCUUAAGCGUAUACUGUAUAGAAUCUUAAGUGUAUUGCACCGCGACAAAAGUGUGGUACGUGAAAACCAGUAAUUACAUUUGUGUAAUGAGCGACGUACUGUUAAGGGAUUGACGAGAUCCUCGCGAUGGGAUAGCCUUGCGUAUUUAUGCUGGAAUUUAACGGAUUCUUCGGAUCGUACUGCGAGACACGAUUCGGCGAAUAACGUAAAUAUUUUUAUGUUAAUUAACUUCUUAUCGCGUAGCACGUGUCAUAUAGAGCACAAGCAACUUUCUCUAAAAUUUCUUCACUAUUUUACUGUGUGGUUAUGACAUCUCUCCCCCCCCCCCCUCUCUCUCUCUCUCUUUCUCUCUGCACACCACAUCAUUUUUUGCAUAGAAAGAUACAUGUGGUACGGGGUUACGGACGACGGUGAUACAUCACGUGGUUUGCGAUUGCUUCAAGUAAAACGUACUUUUCGUAUACGUUUUUCAACGCUUCUCCUACAUAGUUCUCAACUGAUUUAUCAUUUGCUGUAAAUCGCAUUGACAUUAUCGAGAGCUAAUAACGGAGAAGAGAUGCAUAAUAAAGUAUCACUGAAGUGUCACUAAUCCUAGUCGUCCAACAAAAUCUUGAAUAUGGGGCCUUAUUCUCGAAAAAUAUCUCGUACGAAAAUAAUAUAGUAUAUAUUACAUAUAUUAUAAAUUUUCGUAUGCUAUAAAUUUCGUAUGAUAUAGAUUUAAAAAUAUAAGCCCUGAUAGUAUUUUGAAUAACAAAUACCGACGGACAGUUUGAAGCAAUCGACGAGAUGGGACCGAGAUAGCAAAUAUCUAUUUAGGACCUAUAAUUUAAUUUUUACUAACAAACUACCUUAAUAAUACCUGGAUUUCCGUCGGAUUGUUAUUCCGGGAGCGAAUGUAAACGGAAAAGCAAUGAAGGGCGGUCGCAUAGAUCGCUUUUCGCGUCUGUGAUAUUACUUGCGUAUUAAUCAUCGAUUCAACAAGAAACUGUCAAAUAUA